AUGGCUGCCGUUUUCUCUAUGCAAGGUUUCGGCAUUUUAUCUGCGGCUGUAGUAUCGGUUGUUACUCUGGCUCUUUACAAAGACCUUAUAGCUCAAGAUCACAAUUACAUUGAUCAUGUAUGGCGAAUAGUAUUAGGCUUUGGUAUCAUCCCGGGAAUCACUGCCUUAUACUUCCGUUUAACAAUCCCAGAAACACCACGUUACACUAUGGACGUUAUGAAAGAUGUCGAAAAAGCUUCUCAUGACAUUGAUAAUGUAUUAUCGAACAAGACUAUAAAGGACAAAAAUACUGGACCUAAUUAUGUUGUUGAAGUUCCUCGCGCUACCGUUAAGGAUUUUUUGGCAUACUUUGGUAAAUGGGUAAACGGCAAAGUUUUAUUAGGUACCUCUGUCUCGUGGUUCGUGUUAGAUGUUGCUUUCUACGGGUUAAAUAAUUCAAUAAUUCUGCAGGCUAUUGGUUUUUCUGAUGGUCACGAUGUUUAUACUUCUUUAUGGAAUAUGUCUGUUGGCAACAUUAUCAUCACUAUGUUAGGCACUGUUCCUGGAUAUUGGUUUACUGUCUUUCUAGUAGAUAAAUGGGGCCGUGUAAAAAUCCAAUUAAUGGUUUUUCCUACAAGAUAUCGUUCAACGGGACACGGAAUUUCUGCUGCAUCUGGAAAAUUAGGGGCAAUCGUUGCACAAGUUGGUUUUAUAAAUUUAAAAGAUAUUGGAGGUUCAAACGCGUUCGUGAGCCGAUUAUUGUUAAUUUUUGCUGUUUUUAUGUUUAUUGGUAUUUGGACAACAUUGUUGAUACCUGAAACAAUGAAUCAAUCUCUGGAAGAACUUUCAAAUGAGGAUCAAAUCGGUUUUGUUAAACCAGCUAAAAAAAAUCCCACCACUAAAUCUGCUAAUAAUUUGAGUUCCGAA